AUGGCAGAGGAACUGAAGAAGGAGCAGGACACUAGUGCACACCUGGAAAGAAUGAAGAAAAAUCUUGAACAGACAGUGAAGGACCUGCAACAUCGUCUGGAUGAAGCUGAACAACUGGCACUGAAGGGUGGCAAGAAGCAGCUCCAGAAACUUGAAUCAAGGGUGCGUGAACUGGAAAAUGAGCUGGAAAAUGAACAGAAACGUGGAGUUGAAUCAGUGAAAGGUGUUCGUAAAUAUGAGAGGAGAGUGAAGGAACUAACCUACCAGACUGAGGAAGACAGAAAGAACACUCUCAGACUCCAAGAACUGGUUGAUAAGCUGCAACUGAAAGUUAAGGCCUACAAGAGACAGGCUGAGGAAUCUGAGGAACAGGCCAAUGCCCACCUGAGCCGCUUCAGGAAGGUUCAGCAUGAGCUUGAAGAGGCUGAGGAGAGAGCAGACAUUGCUGAAUCCCAAGUGAACAAGCUGAGGGCCAAAAGCCGUGACAUCGGUGGAAAGAAGGAAAGCGUAGAGUAA